AUGCCUUAUAAAGAUACUGCUACAUGGAGUUUCAUGAUCAUGGGGUUAGCUACAAAUGGAAGAAAUGAAUCAGCAAUCACGCUUUUUGAAGAGAUGACACAUAAAGGACCUGUUCCUAAUGACAUUACAUUUGUUGCUGUUCUUGUUGCUUGUAAUCACAAAUCUUUAGUGACAAAAGCAUGGUGUUUAAUUGGAAAAAUGUUCAAAGUUUUUGGUAUUCAACCAGGAAUUGAGCAUUAUGGAUGCAUGGUUGAUGUAUUGGCUAGAUCUGGACAACUGAAAAGAGCUGAAAUAUUGAUAGAUUUGAUGCCAAUGAAACCUGAUGAAGCGAUUUGGGGAUCUUUUCUACAUGGGUGUUUAAGACAUAGUGAAAUAUGUUUAGGAGAAAGAGUUGUAAAACGGUUGAUUGCACUUGAUCCUAAUCAAAGUGGAAGAUAUGUUGGUCUUGCUAAUAUGUAUGCGGAUAUUGGAAGGUGGGAAAAUGUGAUUAGAUUGAGGAAUAUGAUGGUAGAGAGAAAAGUCGAUAAUACCCCUAGUUGGAGUUUUAUCAAGGUCGAUGGUGUUGUUCAUAAGUUUUUUUGUUCAUGA